AUGGAUUUCAACUCUAAAAAGAAGCGAAGAAAUUUGCAGCAGUUAUCUAAGCAGCCCGACCUAACUCAGCCGUUAUUUUUCUACACCACACCACCAACUGAAGUUCUAUCCUUGCAACUCUUCGAAGAAUAUGCCCACGACAGAUUGAAAGUUUUGAAAGCAGUAGAAAAAGUUGGGCUACAAUUCAUCAAAGGUUCCCAAGAGUACCAAGAUGCUCUGAGGAAUGAGUUGAAAGCCAUCAGCAAAGAUAGUACACUACAAAAUGUUUUCCUCAAAGUUUAUGAUAAUUCAGACACGAGUAUCAGACUGAAGGACAACACAUCUCACUUCAUCCUCAGACUGGCCUACUGCAAAACCGAGGAUUUGAGACGAUGGUUCAUAAACCAGGAGAUGGAUCUAUUCAGAUUUCGAUUCCAACUCCUCCAAGAGAAACAAAUUGAAGAAUUUUUUCACUACAACUCACUCAACUAUAAGCCGAUAUCUCACGAGGAGAAGGAGGAGCUAAGGGAUAGAUUGAUUGACGGCACAGCCGGCCUAAACGUCAAUCACUUCCAUUCUACAAACUUCUAUAAGAUACACUUCACAGAAGUAUUGGAGUUGGUGAAAUCAAUGAGGGCCUAUUUGAAGGGAGGGUACGUCUAUGUACCCCAGCCAGAACUCGUUGUUGGGGUGGCUAACCUUUUCAGGGCCCAACUAUCUAAAGAUUUAGCUGUGCUUUCCCGAACUUUGUACCGCAUCUCUGAUGAACCUCGCCUGACGACCAUGUUGAGCAACAUCAGCCAGAAGUACAUGGGCAGUGAGUACAGCAACCAGCACCAGAGUGGGGGCAGGGUGACUGCUGAUAUGGUCGAUGGGCUGUGCAAAACAUCUUUCCCUCUCUGCAUGCAAGAGUUGCACAGAUCAUUAAAGGACCAACAUCAUCUGAAAUACUUCGGCCGUCUGCAAUACGGGCUCUUCCUCAAGGGCAUCGGGCUUGACCUUGAGGAGGCCUUGAACUUCUGGAGGAAGGAGUUUCUCAAAAGUAUGGAUGCCGAUAAAUUCUACAAGCAGUACGCAUAUGGUAUCAGGUACAAUUAUGGCAAAGAAGGUAAGAGGGUCAGUUUCUCUGCCUACAGCUGCAUGAAGAUUAUAACCACCAACCAACCUGGAGUCGGAGAUCACCACGGUUGCCCAUUCCGUCAUAGUGAUGUUGACGUGCUGAGGCAGAAGUUGAAGUUGAUGAUGAUAUCUUCUGAUGGCGUUAAUGAGAUUACAAAUCUGGCAAAACAAGGCCAGUGCCAGUUAGCAUGCGGUCGGCUGUUCGAACUGAAGCACGAAACAAACUUCAGGUACGUAACCAAUCAUCCCAAUCAAUAUUUCGAUGACAGCCAGAAACUUGCAAGUGGCAAUAGUUUGGCGGACCACACAGAGGCUUCUAGAAAUUUCAAGGGUCAGUUAUUUCAUCUCAUUUCUUUCUUUCUUUUAUUAUCAUUCUAUUUAAUUUUCAUAUAA